GCGUGCGCUGGGGAGGCGGUUCUGGUUCAGGGCGCCCCCGUGUGUCGGAGACUAGAACUGCGCCGAGGGCCCUCCAGGGUCAUCUCUAAGGACACACAAGCCCGGGCCCUUCUUGGGUCUCUGCUUACUGAUCUUCCGAGGAGCCUCUCCUGCCGGGGCUUCUCGUUUACGCUACAGGCCUGUCUGCUGUGUGACUGAAAGGGGUCCCCAGUGCAGGGUGCAAGGGCGGGUGAGGGCCACGGCUUCGGGACAUCUACGAUGCCCAACUGACCAGGCAGCCUGGCCUUUUUUUAUGAUGGUGGUGACUUUUGUCCUACAGUUUUCUAUCGCUCUGCCCUGGACCUCUUAUCGUGACCUGGAGCAGCGGCGGGAGCAGCGGCGGCGAGGACAGUUGUGAGAGCCGGUUAGCACCUCGUUCUAAUGCUCUUAAAGCCAGGACCCCCGAUGCAGGCUCCAGGGAGCAUCCCCAUUCCUGUGCCCGUGCUCCGGCUGCCCCGGGGCCCUGAUGGCUACAGCCGAGGCUUUGCCCCUGACGGACGCAGGGCCUUGGCGAAGCCGGCAGGCCCUGACACCCAGGCGUGUGGGGAAUCCCAGGAGCAGCGGGCCCGCGCUGUCCUCCGGGAGCGCUUCCUGCGCAGCCUGCUGGCCAUGGGGGGCCGCCAGGUGAGCUUCACUUUGCAUGAGGGCGUGCACGUGACCGCCUGUUUUGGCGCCACCGACCUGGACGUGGCCAACUUCUACGUGUCCCAGCUGCAGACUCCGAUAGGCGUGCAGGCCGAGGCGCUGCUGCGCUGCAGCGACAUGAUUGCGUACACCUUCAAGCCCUAAAGACCCGUCUGCCUUAGCCACUGGCGUCCGGGUGGCCCUGGGCUGGGGACACAGGGCUGCCCAGACACUGGAGUCCCCGGCUCUUGGAACUCUGCACCCUGGCUGAUUCCGAGCUCCCCUAGAACUCGGAGGCACACCGGCUACCUGGGACACCGUGGUGGAGAUGGUCAAUUGCUGCACCUCCAGGAGGAUUUGGGUCUUGUCUACUUCACAGGCCUCUGAACUCUGGCCGCGAGGCCUCCUGCCCGAGAGAAGCCUGGGAGGUGCGGGGCGGUGGUGGUCUGUGAGUGUGGAAACCGGUUUAUUGAAGAUCCCGUGUGAUCUUAAUGAACGGUCUAGACUUUA